AGGCAGCACAUGUGGGCCGGAAAAUGUCGCUGCGCCUCUACUCGGCUCUUUUCGGUCACCGUCGGAAAACAUGCGGAGCAGCAGUAGCAGCGAACGACGUGGAGCGCGCAGCCGCCGGAGAAACACCGCGACCCGGGAAAGAUUUUACCCAGUCUGCGGUCAGGGUGUCAGCGCGGGGAGCGGCCUGGGGCGUCGGGGACAGAAGAAUGAGAGAAGCCUCUAAGCGGAGGGGCCGAAAACAUGAACGGGGCCGUGUAUAUUUCGUUUUUUCAGGGUCAGUUAGAGUCAGUGCUGGAGCAGGUCGUUCAGCUCGCCGUCCAGGAAAUCAGCAAGUCGGUGGGCUCCAGCCUGAACGCCCUGCUGCUAGAGACGGCCGCCAAGGAGCAGGAAAACCGCCAGCUCCGCCUGCAACUGCAGACUCGGGAGGGCCGAGGCUCGACCUCCGCGAAGGACGGAGGCUCCGCCGCGAUCGGUAGGAGCAGCAAGGCUGGCGACGAGCGGGGAGACGGCGGCAGGACAAAGCCCGAACCACGCGGUGUCGGAGCGCGGAGCAGUGAGCCCAUAGCGCCCGUGGACACCCGCCGCCUGGAGCAGAGAGGACGGGUCGUAGACCAACUGAAGUCCGUGAUGGAGCAGGUUCUGGCCUUUGCUCUGCGUGAGCUGACCAAGAUCGUGGAGGCGUCGUUCGACGACCUGCUGCUGGAAAUCACCAAGAUGGAGAAGGAACAGCAGAAGCUGGAGGAGAUGCUGGGCAGAAGCUCUGAGCGAGGAGGAGGACAGAAGGGUGGAGGAGGUGGAGGGAGGAGGCGGGGCUCGGUCAAUGACUCUGUAUCACCUAGCGGGUCUGAGGACACCCGGGAGGAACCGGCCGAGGAGUCCAAAGAGACGCCGCCAAUAGACGCCCCGGAGCGUCCCCCGCACCCCCCUGCCUCUCAGGACUGGGUUCCCAUCCUGGACAAGGUCUUCGGUCAGAAAUGGUGCAGCGACGUCUGGCCGAUGAAAGGUGAAGGCGGAGACAGCUGCGGUGACAGGCAGGGCCCGAGUGAAGGAGGGGGACAUCACACCGACCUCGUCUCCUCAUCCUCAGUGAUCCUGCAGCCCUCGCCCUCCUCCCCCCAGCAGGACCCCCGCUGGACUCCUCUGGAGGACAUGGAGGUGUUUUCUCCUGAUGAUGAAGAUGCUGCGGACAGUCAGACAAACGCCGCUGCCGCCGCCACCCCGCCCACGCCUGGACCUCCUCUUAGUCCUUCAGGUCGUCGCUCCUCUGCCUCCAUGCUUCAUCGCCUCCUCACACUGCCCUCUCAGCUGUUGGAUGAAGAUGAAGACGCUAAGGAAACGCUGAUCGCCCUGGCGACCAACGGCAGCAGCGACCAGCAGGAAGACACGGACACGCCCGAUCGGAUCAGGGGAGAGGAGGACGAGGAGGAGGAGGAGGAAGGGGAGGAGGGGGACAAAGGAAGGAAGAAGAAGCGGCGGCGGGUGUGGUCCGAAUGCGAGGAAUGCGGUCGGAGGUUCAGUCGGAUGUCGCUCCUGAAGGCUCACCGCCAGACUCACGCCACCGGUGAUUCUGCCGUCGCCGACACGUCCUCUUCAUCGCCUCCGCCAGCCGGCGCUGGGUCGCCGCUGUGCUGCUCCGAGUGUGGCAAGAGGUUCUCCUCAAAUACCCGCCUCCACAGCCACAUCCGGACCCAGCACCCAGAGAACCGGUCCUAAGGCUGGAGGCCCAGACCAACAGCCGAGGAGGAUCCAGCAGGCGGAACACCGAGGCUUUUAUUCUGAAAGGCAGCAGGAAGUGGGAUCAGUAAGGCCUGUUUUACCUCAGAACCAGCGUAGAGUAAUGGUUCUAAUGUGGAAACUGGAUCCACUUGAACAAAAAACCUUCUUCUUCACAAACAGAAGGCAAUUUUCCGUGAAUUUAAACACUUUUAGUUUUGAAGCAGAACGGAAGACAUUAAUUAAGGGAAGCAGAACCAGAGGUCCGAACCCAGGAAGACCAGUUACUGAGCUGCAGCUAUUGAUCGUUUGGUUACUUGAGUUCUGUCGCGGGAGGACAGAACUCGUAGUCUGCGGUCGUUUUUAUCUGAGUUUCUCUUUUCUGACGAAGUAAUAAAACUUAAACAGUUCUGAGCAGUUUCCACCUGGAACCAGAACCACUUGAGUUUUCAACUACAUGAUAUCAGAGCUGUGGUGAAAAUUUCAGGGCUGCAUGAUUCAGAACCUUUUUAACGACCUGCUGAUGGGCAGGUCAUCUGGUUCAGUUUCUCAGUGAACGGAUCAGAAUCUGACCCAGGAACCAACUGGACCCAGAAAACUGAAGCUUCAAAUGAAGAGGCGUCCCAUCAGACGGGACAAAUGCUCUGUUCUUCUGCUCCUUGUGUAAAGUGGUCCUCCAGGUGAACAGGAAGUGACCUCAGACACUCGGAGCACUUCCUGCCAUCUGUUGGUUUUGUUCCUCAUGUUGGAUCAGAACCUGGUUUUCUAAGUGCCCUUUUUGUUUCAACCACCAGACUCCUCUUUCUUCUUCUCCUUCUUCUUUUCCAACCUAAUCUUCUUCUUCGCCGUCCUGGGUUACGUUUCUGUGGUUCUGUGGAGAAAACUUCGUCGUCGUUCUGAAUGUGAACUCCAGAAGUUUGUUUUUAAUUGAAUCCUCCUCUUCCUCGCUCGGCCAUCUUUCUUCAGAUACUUGAUGUUUACACUCGUUGACCUACGGACUGACAAACCCGACCCGGUCCAGCUGCAGUUGGAAGCUUGUUACUGCCAGGAAGAGAAACAUGAAAUCUGAGUUGAGUUUGAGCUAAAAUGAGCCGUUAUUUACGUGACGUUACGUUAAUCUCAAUAAUCUGAGAUGGAUUCAGAGGGCUUGACUGGAUGUGAUGUUUGGCAGCGCUGAGCUCCCGUAUGACGGCCUUCAGCUCCCAGGAAGCAAAACGCUUCAGUUCUGAAAAUUAGACGUUUUAGUGACGUGGCUCAGCAGCCAGAAACAUCAAAUCAUUAAAAUUGGUGAAUAAAAUGAUAUUUGACCUAAAAAUGUGAUGGUUAAAAUAAAAAGGAGAAAAUAAAUCUUUUUUAUUUAAAUUAUUUGGAAACAAAUGAAAGAUUUUUGGCCUGAAAACAAAAGGAAGCAAUGGAUGUUGAGCCUCACAUUCAUUUGCAUAUUUCUGGUUUUUAUUCAAACCUUUGCUGUGGCACAAAAAUGUCGGCGUAAACAAAAAUCAUGAAGAUUUAAGUUUAUCUGUGUAAUCUUUUAAAACAAUGAAGAUUUCAUGUAUAAAUGCAUCAAAUGUGGGCCUGCUGCAGGAGAAUUAAAGCUACCAACAUUCCUCAUUCAUCCGUAAAUAUUUCUGUCCCAGGGAAGAAGUUGGAUGUUUGUUUUCGCUCCUCGCUGGUUUGUCGCUUCCAGAGCAGGAAAUGACAUACAGGGUUGGUCUCAUGGUUCUAUCUUCUCCUCAUAAACCCGCCCACGCCUCGCCCUGUGAUGAAACGUUUGCAUCUGUAGCUGAAGAUGAUCUGCGGCGCCGUCGUGUUACAAACCCUGGUUUAUUCUCCCGUCUCUGGUUUUCGCUUCACUAACAUCAAGUUUCUGCCGGCGCCGAGUGUUGGGCUGGACCGAUUCGUUUGCACUCUCAGCCUCCACACGUGUUCAUAUACCUCAUUUUUUAAAAGUGUUUCUGUGUCCAAACGGACCCGAUUACCUCACAUGUACAGUGCUGAUAUUUGACUCCAUGAUGUGGAGUUUUUUAAAUGCCUCGUUGUGUUUGGUGCGCGUCAGAUUUUCCCUCUGGAGCUGUCUGGUAAACGCUUUGAAGAGUUUGGGAACAUUUUUAUGUUUUUUAAUUUGCUCUUUUUAGGGAUUUCUUCAAUGAAAUGGACCAGAUUUUUAAAUAUAUGGUAAAAUUAAUGGAAAUCAAAUUAUGUCAAAUUUAUGAACUAAUUAGAAGAAAACUGUAGGGGUAAAAAAAACAAUUACAGCCUAAUAAAAUUAUUACAGUACAUAAAUAGCCAGAUUUAUAUUUAGGAAUGUUUUUUGUAUUAUAAGAAAUUUUAUAAUAUAUUAUUAAGGAAAGCAGCACCAUAAAUUUACAUGUGAGGGCACAAUUUGAAAUGUCAUUUUUUAUCAUUUCUAAAUAAAAUGCUACAUUUUUUUAUUAAAAUAAUGUUAGUUGCACUUGCCUUGCUCAUACCUUAUUUUGCUAAAACAAAUUUGGAUCUACGAACAAACAUUUUUUUGACUAAAUAUACAGAAUUUUCCAAAGGGAUUUUAUGAAAUAUUAGGAAUGAAAUCAUAAAAUUAAAAUCUAAAAUAUUUUAAUUUGGGGAAACAGCAACAAACAAAAACAUGAGAAUCACUUAAAAUGAGAGAAUAAAUAAAAACCUGUAUAAAGGUUCUUUUACCAGACAGCUUUAUUUCACUGUGUUCUGAUCGGGUUUAGAGAGGAACCCGGAACCUCCGCUCUGUCACCUGCUGCGCUCCACGGACAGGUGAGCGUUACCUGGAGCUUCGCUGGUUUCCUCAAACGGCAGUCAUGAUCAUGUGACCUUUUGAACCAAUCACUGCUCCUGCUGUCAUGUUUCCGGGGCCAUGAAAAAGAAAUGCACCCGUGUGGAAAUUAAAACAUGAAGCAAUCUGUUCAAAAACAGGGAUGGAUUAUUCUUCUCAAGUUUUCUGCAAUAAAUCUUUAUUAACAAUAAUUAAACACUUCGUGUAAAAUGUAAUGUUUAUUUUGAAAUAUUCUUUUUAGUUUAAAGUGACAGUUGAAAACAUUUUCACAUAAAUAAUUUAGUUAAAUCAAACCAAUGUAAUAAUAUAAAGCAAUAAAUAAAGAAUUUAUUUAGUUUUAAUAAAAUCAUGAAGCUGAUUGGAUCUGAUUUAAAGUUUCUCGGUCUAAAGGAAUCAUCGUCUUUUAUGCACGUUGAAGAUUUCCGAGGACGGACUAAAGCUGGAUCAGCUCUUCUGUUUGGACUUGAAGUAAAUUCAUUUCCAGCAGGUGCACGUCUCUCAUUUGGAGGUUUUUAAUGGAGGUUCUGCACCGUGACGUCACGUUCAUCAUCUCAUCUGAGACGCAUCCAGACACCGUUGGCGUGUAUAUAUCUCGAAGCUCGUGUCAUUGGUUUUUUUUUUUUGUCGUGAAAAUCGUUUGUGUCAUUUUAAUUUGAAGAGAAUAAAAUGUUACUGUUGAACCCACCGGCGAAAAGGUCAGCUGAGCAGUAACAGACAAACAGAAGGACCGCGGAUCUAGACGGGUUCCUGUACGGGAACCUCUGGGGUUCCUCAGGGAAUGAUUCUCGGUCCUCUAAAUGUUUCAUGCAGGUGUGGGGGUGAAAGGGAUGUUUUUAAAUAUCUUUGUUUUGAUUUUUUUUUUUUUUGAACUGUUUUUAUUAAUGCAGCCAAACGUGACUGAUGUUCAUAUUCUUAUGAAUUUCCUCAUUGUUUUUGUACUUCAGACGUCUUGUUUCUACUUCCUGUAUGAUGUCGAUGAACUGUUUGACAAAGAAAGUUCAUCUCUGUGUUUGUUUGGAUUUGAUGCAAUACUUUUAUAAAAUGUAACUUUUUUUCUAACUGAUGAAUCAAAACGGCAAAGUUUCUUCAGUUGGAUAAUAGGUGAGGAAGUGAUCAAGAACAUGGAGCCUUUAUCAGGAGAGAAAAUGCAGACCGGUCAUCAGUUUGGUUUAAUUCAUGCUCUGUGUCUGUUAUUUGACUGAUGAUGUGAUGUUAAAGGCCACGGUGAGGGUGUUUUUGUUUCCUUUCUAAUAUUUCUGACCUGUUUUAGUCGAUGAGACCGGGUACGUUUAAUGUAAAAACUUAAAUAAAUGUUCCCAACCAUG